AAAACGGUCAGGGGCCUCCCUCAUCCUCAACCCGCUCACCAUCAUGUCCGCCCCGCAAGGCGACAACCCCGGUGCAUUCCUGACCAACGCUAAUCCUCCGGCUUCGCAUAGCUUCUACCCACCACAACCAAUGCAGUAUACAGGACCUUACCAGUGGCCAAACAGCAUGCCGAUGCUGGAUGACUUCAGUAAUAUGUUCCCUGGCAACGGUUCUGGGCACCAUGCCUCCGGCCCACCCUACUUGCCCGCGCUUCAACAGUUCGCACCCAUGGUGCCUCACCACGAUUCCCAGAUACCUCUGGUCCCCACCGGGCCCCAACAGUCUCCCAAUAUCGUCCUGACCCCAUCUUCAGUUGGGAAUGCCCCUGCUCAAGCUUUGACCAGGCCAUCAGCUUCUCCAGACAACCAGGCAGCAACACCAUUGGACGCACAAGCUUUCAUGGAUGCUUUCGGGAUCAAAAGCCACAGUGAUCUUCACCGAAUCACUACGGUGUGGCAGAGGGUCGAGCAGGACCAGAAUGAACGCCCUAGCAAGCCCAAUGGGCCCAGGGCUCAGAACCGAAAGCUGAUCGAACUUGUCCAUUAUUAUUGCUUGCUCCUGCUGGGUGUCCCUAAUGGGGAGCGCAACUUCGUCUUGCCCGACCCUUUGCCCCUUGGUUCACCUCCAAGGCUGGACACAGGAGGUGCGCGCUUGUACAAUCCAAUUUGGGAGAUGUCCCCGAAGUCUGGUCGCAACUACGAGUACAUCAAGGAAGUGUCACGGAUUGAGGACCAUGAAAAGGACACUCCGAGCUUCCCUCCAAACACAACCAAAAAGGACAUUACCAGGCACGUCUGUAACUAUUUCAACAGUCUGCGCAAGGUAUAUACGGCCCAAGAAAACGAAGAGGCUCGCGCCAGGCGAAACAUGCGCAACAACAAUAUGAGGCUGCGAAGCCGCAGGCAUUCUAGAAUGACAAUCUACCGUGGGCUCAUACCUCAGUUCAAGGAGAAACACGGUGAUGCGGCCUCCGAGGGUGUUGAACUCGUGCUUCUUAGCGACUGUGCCAGUGACGAGUGCAGCGACCAAGGCGAGUUCCUCAGUCCCGAGGAAGCGAAACAAUAUCGGCUCCAGAAGGGCGGGGGAGCGAAUGCCUGGGAGAUACGACGCCGCGAGUGGCGAUCUGACCAGUAUAACCGCAUCGUGGGCUCCUUCCGACAGCUCGCUGUUGUGCAAGAGCAGCACCUGAUAGCCAAGCAAGCAACAUCUGGAAAGAAGUAUAAUCGGAAUGGACGUACAAGGGUUCCUCGCGUCCUGGGAGCCGACAUCAAUGCUUAUCGUGGUCCACCUCCGUCAGGUGCCCGUGCCCCCUUUGAGUGGUGCAUUAGCACCGAAUGGGCAGAAAAGUGGAACGAGGCCACCGGUGAGCGAUACACAGGUGCACGCGAGAACGUGGAGCUGCCGAUUUCUAGCCUUGUCAUCUCUGAUACAGAGAUUGAUCCUGAGUAUCUCGCCUGGAUCAAAAAGGAGUUGGGACCUUUGCCGGUACCCACGGAGCGGGAAGAACAGAACAAGUGAUAGAUUUACUAUAGAAUGUG